AUGUCCGAUAUUGAAGAAGAUCUGUUGGCCCUUGCAGGGGCAGAUGAAGAGGAAGAUGACGACGAAGUUUUGGCUAGUUCUGCCAAGAGAAGUGGUAAGUCAGAUAGAGCUAGCUCUAAGAAGAGGAGGAUAGAGGUAGAAGGUGGUGAAGAUGACGAAGAUGAAGAUGAAGAUGAUUACAAUCCUGCCGCAUCCGGUGCAGGUACUGGAGACUAUGACGAUGAAGAAGAGGAGGAGGAGAAUCCAUUUCCACUGGAGGGCAAAUAUAAAGAUGAAGCUGAUCGUGAUUACUUGGGAGGUUUGCCAGAGAUGGAAAGGGAAACCAUGCUGUUUGAGAGAUCGCAGAUUAUGCAAAAGUACCAAGAUCGUAAGAUGUUCAGACAACGUGGUAAGAACCUUAAGGAACAGCAACAGAGGAGUAAACAACAGGAAGAAGGCAAAAAGACACGUUCUUCAACAAGGUCUACAGUGGCUACUGGUCAUUCUGAUAUAAAGGCUUCUAAAUUAUCCCAACUUCGAAAACAGAGAGAGAAGAAAUCCCAAAAUCGUCCCUACAGUGAUGAAGAAGAGGAGGGAGAAGAUGAAGGAGAUGAUUACGGGUAUGAAGAUAAGAAAUACUCAGACGAAGAAGACGAAGAGGAGUAUGAUCCAUACAGUCGGAGAUCGAGAUUUGAAGAAGAUGAAGAUGAAGUUCAAUGGGCAGAAGAAGCUUUGGAUCGUGAGGCCAAUGUAGCUGAUUUUAACAAAGCCAAGAUUGGUCGUUCCUUCGUUGCUAACUUUUGCUUUUAUCCUGGUUUCAAUGAUAUUGUUAGGGGUAAUUACGGUAGAGUCAAUGUGGGGACAGAUAAACGCAGUGGCGAGACCUUAUACCGUAUGGUGAAGAUUGAGAAAGUUUUCCUUCAGAAACCUUAUAACAUGGGUAAGUUUAUUACCAACCAGUAUUUUGGUGUUACACAAGGUAAAGACAGGAAAGUUUUCCAAAUGAGAUACUUUAGUGAUGGUGCCAUCACUCAACAAGAAUUUGAAAGAUACAUGCAUGCUUUGGAAAGAGAUCACAUCACCGGUCCUUCAGUUUAUUCUUUGGAAAAUAAAGCCAAAGAGAUUAAUAGUUUUGUAUCUCAACCAUUAACUGAGCAACUCACCAACGACAUUGUUCGUAAUAGAAUGGUCUUCAACAAGAAAUUAUCAGGUGUUAAUGCUGUUCUAGAGAAAACUGUACUCAAGGAAAAAUUACAGUAUGCGAUGGAGACCAAAAAUGAAAGAGAUAUCGCUAAAUAUUCUUCUCAGUUGAGAAGCUUCGAGAAGAGAAUGUCCACUUAUGAGAAACAACAUGAAAACGAUAAGGUAGGUAUUAAUAAACUGAACGCAUUGACCACUAAAAACAGAAGGGUCAAUAUUGACAGGCUCAAGAAUGCCGAGCAAGUUAAAAAAGAGGACACUUCCUUUGACAGUAAAAGCGAUCCUUUCAGCAGACUCAAGACCAGGACUAAAUUCUACUAUCAAGAGAUCCAGAAGGAAGAAAAUGAAAAGGCAAAGAACGAUGCAGAACAAAAACAGUUAGAGGAAGAUGAAUCUACCACUGAGAGAAAGAAACACGAACUGCUUUCUGCAAGGUUCAGAAGGCUGGGUGGAUUGAAGCAAGUGAUUGGCACCGUGGACUUCCAGUUUAGUAUUGAUAUUUGA